AUGUGUCCUCCCGGCUGUGUGACUUUGCAAGACUCCCGUUACAUCUUACUGCCUCAGAAGAUGAAUUGGACUGAUGCAUUCAGGGCUUGUGAUCGUCCUGGAAGUGCCAUUGCUAUGCCUGAGUCUCAAACAGAACAAGAUUUUAUUUGGCGAGAAAUGUCUACAUCGAGUGUACAUCAGAGUCUCGUGGAUGCCAAUGACUUUAUUGUUAUUUGGAUUGGGUGCAAAAAAGAAAAGACCAAUCCUUCACAGCUAUCAUGUCCUGGUAAGAAUGUUGAUUCUGACUACACUAAUUGGUAUAGAGGCUAUUACGAUGCUAAAGACGAGGACUGCAUCAGAAUGCAACAAAUAUACAAUGGUAAAUGGGCAGAUCAAGACUGUUCCAUUACCCAUUUUGCUGCUUGUGAGAUGCGCGUCCCUCAUCCCAUACACUGCCUGGCAGCUGACGAUGACGGUCGCUUCACAUACCAGUGUCUGCUCAACCAUGACAUCAAGAACCUGACAGCCAAGGGAGUCAUUGGGUGUGGUCAGGCGUGCUGGGCGGAGCCUCGAUGCCACUCCUUCAAUCUCUGGAAGCAGGGUAAGAUAUGUCAGCUUAACAACGCAUCCCGCCUGGAGGCGGACGUCACUGAUUUCAAGAACAUAGAUGGCUGCUCCUCUGUUGAACUCUAA